CAUAAGUGCCGUAAUGGUCGCUAUGGUAACCUACUGACGUACUAUUUUUAAUACUAGUUAGCAAGGUAGUAUGUAGUUUAGUAGGUCGUAUCGUAGUUGAGGAAUCCUAAUCGUGAGGAGUCCCGCUCCAUGUGACGCACGCGAGAGAGAGAGCGGGAACUGUCACAGCGCGAGGACACUCCACAUUCUCCAGCACAGAUGCGCGCGGACUGCGCUGCCUUUAUUGAUCACUGCGCUCGUAACGGCACCAUUUAUAGAGGCAGCCCACUUCGCUGUUCCACCAGGUUAAAAAAAAAUAAUACAUAAGCGCGUUGUUUCUCUGUCAUCUGUGGGAAAGUUAGAAAAGUGUCGCGCGGCUGGGAGAGACAGAGUGAGAAAGAGAGAGAGAGAGAGGGAGAGAGUGUGUGUGAGAAAGAGAGAGCGCGCGAGCCAUGGGCACUUUGAGGGACCUUCAGUACGCGUUACAGGAGAAGAUCGAAGAGCUGAGACAGAGAGAUGCGCUCAUUGAUGAACUGGAGCUUGAACUGGACCAAAAAGACGAGCUCAUUCAGAAACUACAGAACGAGCUGGAUAAAUAUCGCUCGGUGAUCCGGCCAGCCACUCAGCGCGUGCACAAAGAAAGCGAGCUGCAGGAGCAGCAGCGCACCAAGAGGCAGGCGAUCUCCGCCGAGCCCACCGCCUUCGACAUCCAGGACCUUAACCAUGUAACGCUGCCCUUCUACCCCAAGAGUUCACAGUCCAAGGACUUGAUCAAAGAAGCCAUCUUAGACAAUGACUUCAUGAAGAACCUGGAGCUGUCCCAGAUCCAGGAGAUAGUGGACUGCAUGUAUCCAGUAGAAUAUGGAAAGGACAGCUGCAUCAUUAAAGAGGGUGACGUAGGGUCGCUCGUCUAUGUAAUGGAAGAUGGUAAAGUGGAGGUAACAAAAGAAGGCUUGAAGCUGUGCACUAUGGGUCCUGGAAAAGUGUUUGGAGAGCUUGCCAUUCUUUAUAAUUGCACACGAACGGCCACAGUGAAGACUCUAACCAACGUGAAGUUAUGGGCCAUCGACAGGCAAUGCUUUCAGACCAUCAUGAUGAGGACGGGUCUGAUAAAACAUGCAGAGUACAUGGAGUUUCUCAAAAGUGUUCCCACAUUCCAUAGUCUUCCAGAAGAAAUACUAAGCAAACUGGCUGAUGUCCUUGAAGAGACGCAUUAUGAAGAGGGAGAUUAUAUAAUCAGGCAGGGAGCCAGGGGAGACACCUUCUUCAUCAUUAGUAAAGGAAAGGUGACCGUGACCCGAGAGGACUCUGCCAGUCAGGAUGCAGUGUACCUGCGCUCUUUGGGGAAGGGCGAUUGGUUUGGAGAGAAAGCCUUGCAAGGAGAGGACAUCAGGACAGCCAGCGUGAUUGCUGCAGAGACUGUUACCUGCCUUGUAAUUGACAGAGAAUCUUAUAAGCACCUUAUUGGAGGUUUGGAGGAUUUGUCCAGCAAAGGAUCAGAAGACGCUGAGGCCAAAGCAAAGUACGAGGCAGAGAAUGCAUUCUUCUUCAACCUGCACCUGUCAGACUUCAACAUCAUAGACACCCUUGGAGUUGGAGGAUUUGGACGUGUCGAGUUGGUGCAGCUGAAAAGUGAUGAGUAUAAGACAUUUGCUAUGAAGAUCCUGAAAAAGCGCCACAUAGUAGACACCAGACAACAGGAGCACAUCCGCUCAGAGAAACUCAUCAUGCAGGAAGCUCACUCAGACUUCAUUGUCAGGCUCUACAGGACUUUUAAGGACAGUAAAUACUUAUACAUGCUAAUGGAGGCAUGUCUGGGAGGGGAAUUAUGGACCAUCCUCAGAGACAGAGGUUCCUUUGAAGAUUCUACUACACGGUUUUACACAGCAUGUGUAGUGGAAGCUUUCGCUUAUCUGCAUUCCAAAGGCAUUAUUUACAGAGACCUCAAACCAGAAAACCUUAUACUGGACCACCGGGGCUACGCCAAACUGGUGGACUUUGGCUUCGCAAAGAAGAUCGGCUUCGGGAAGAAGACAUGGACAUUCUGUGGUACACCAGAGUACGUAGCCCCUGAGAUCAUUCUUAACAAAGGUCACGAUAUCUCAGCAGACUACUGGUCCUUAGGCAUCCUCAUGUAUGAACUACUAACUGGCAGCCCUCCUUUUUCAGGCCCUGACCCCAUGAAGACUUACAACAUCAUUCUAAGAGGCAUCGACAUGAUUGAAUUUCCAAAGAAGAUCACAAAAAAUGCUGCCAAUCUCAUUAAAAAGCUAUGCAGGGACACUCCUUCUGAAAGAUUAGGAAAUUUGAAAAAUGGGGUCAAGGAUAUUCAAAAGCACAAGUGGUUUGAAGGAUUUAACUGGGACGGAUUAAGGAAGGGAACACUCACGCCUCCCAUCAUCCCUAGUGUCACAUCAGCUACAGACACAAGCAACUUUGACAGCUUUCCUGAGGACAAUGAGGAUCCUCCUCCUGAUGAUAACUCUGGCUGGGAUAUAGAUUUCUAAAUCUGCACACUACAAGCAUAUCCACACCAAACAAAAGACCUGUUCCACUGUUGCCUGGAACAGAGCUGCUUCUUUUGGGACAGGCUGCAUUUAAAACUGCUUGAAGAGAAAAAAGAGAGAGAGAGAGAGAGAGUAGACCAAUUGAGGGAAAGAAAUACAAUUCACUUUUUUGGACGAAUCUUGCUGGAGCGGAAUUAAAGUCCCUGUGGAUUUACAAUACUCUGGACUGCUUAUACACCAGUCCUAAUGACAAGGGGGAAAUAAUAUAUUCAUAUUGUGUGUGUGUGUGUACCUGCCACAAGCCCAUCUUACCACAGGAUAUUGUGGAUAUGUUGUAGCAGGUUGUGACCUCACUCGAUUGCUUUUCCUUCAUGAUUGGCUGCAAAGUCUUUUCUAACUCUUGUGCAGACUACUUAGCAAAGUGUGCUACACAAAAUUAGAUUCAAACACUACACGUCAAGGCCAGGAAUCUGGCUGUUCAGACACACACGUAUGUUACCAACAUAGGUUAUUCCAAAACAUGUACAUAGUAAUAUAUUACCCUAAAAUGUUAUGCUUUAGCUGACGAGGCAGACAGCUGUAUAAUAAUGUAAUAAUUACAUUCUUGUUGAGUGUAAUUGAAAGUUGAAUGGUUUGUGACGUAACCAGCCCAGAGCUUAUUUGGUUUAUCACAGCUCCCAGUCUGCCUCAAAUACAUGAUAUUAUUAAUAUAAUAUGCCCAAGGAGCUCAUUGAAUUUAGGAUAAUCAGCUUUGUUUAUAGUAUGAUACAGCCUAAUAGGCUGCGUUCACAUUACAAGUUUGAAGCUGGCCCAGUUUUUUUUAACUUAAUUGUGGCAGAGGUCUAAUUUUUUUUUUUUUUUUUUUUUUUUUUUGCUUAUUGGAUAUGUGACCUAAAAUCUGCCAUAAAGAAAAUGUCAGAUUCUUUUAAAAUAUCAUUUUUCAUUUAAGAUUACAUUUCAUUAUGCAUACAUACACAUCUCUGCUCUCUCUGCUCCCACACCCACGCACCUCUCCACACAGACCUCCCAGUACGAAGCAGAAAAAGUGCAAAAGCUAUGCAGCAGGACAUUUUCUGCCUUCUCAAACUUCAUGAUCAGCUAACAAGCUGCCCGUUGAGCACAUGAGCAAAUAAUCUUCCUGCUGAUUUGAUUGCCUGGGUAAAGAUGGAUUGUCAAAAAAAAAAGAUUUUGUUUAUGUUUACGGCGCAUGACGAUCAUUGGGUUAGAAAAUGAUGUGUGUGCAUGCUGAUUGCUUCAGGGUCUGAUUACAUUAAUGACAGAUACGGGUCACUAACUUAUGAGCCAUCAAAGCUGAUCAGACCUGAGCAAAGAAAAAUGGAAUUGAGCAAUAAGGCUUGUAAUGUGAACACAGCUGUAAGGCAAAGCUGGAGUGAGAAAUAAUUGUUUGUAACCAGUAACCACUGUGAUCAGUCAGGUUUUUUACAAACCUCUAAAGUAAGUUUUGAGGAAGUGAGCGUUUAACAGCCUCAUAUCUGGGUGCAUCUAAUGAUAUGAUCAAAUAGCUAUAGAUGAAUUCAGGUGUUUCACAGAUUUCACAGAUUACUUUAAAAAUUAGCAGACCAUAAGAAGAAACAGUGCCUUAAGUCAAUGGCAUCCUAAUCCUCUCUAUUGAUCAUCUGUGUGCUGCACCAAAGCCUCAACACCAUCACAACACAACAAUUUCCUCUAACACUCCAGUCACAUUUUAGACAAUCUAUAGUAAAAAAAAAAAAAAAAAGUCACUUACCUUUUUUUUUUAACUUAAUCUGCACACAGCUAAACACUGUGAAAAUGGACAGAGACACAGAAUUAUGUGUCCCUAAGGUAUGAUGAUACAGAUGCCUCUGUAUUUUUAUGUGGCUUGACUGGCAGCAUACAUGAAAACUAAUAGCACUGCAUUAUCUGUUUCAUCCUGUUUGUGAAUUUGUACUGGGUUACAGUACCCAAUGCUGAAUAUUAUACCAUAUAGCCUACCAUGUCUUAUGAAACUGCAUUGAGGUGCCCUCCUCAUCCGAGUCCUCCCUUCACUACUUACCAAUCUGACAUAGUCACUGCAACUAAAACACGAGGAGACGGCAAUCAUGAUUUGCAGUAAACUGCAUCUAGUGCUUACUAUAUAGCCCACAAUGGACACAGUAUAAAUCUGGGGCAUUAUUUAUAAAUAACCACUUUUUUUUGUAUGGUUUCUUUGGUUGCUUUGACUGCCAGUGUUUGGCAAGGACAUGAUUCAUCAGUUGAAUGUCAACAGUGUGAUUUCUACCUACUUGAAAAUGAUCUAGCCCUGUAUGAGGAUAACAAACCUUUCUGGAAUUGCCUACAGAUUUGUUGUAAUACUGUACAAUGUUCAUCAUGUAAACUGUAACAGGCAUUAGCAAUGUUAUUGAACAACAUUAAUAUAUAAUGCCUUAGAUUAUUAAAUAUUUGACAUUUCUUCAUGUAGUAAAAGACCUACUCUUAAGUGUCUUAACUCUUUUGUUUGUCUUUACUGUCCAAAUCUGAAUCACAUUCUUUCUUUCUUUUUCUUUUUACUUCAUUGGUUCUGAGUGGCGUGAAUUUUUUGCCAAGAUAUUUAUUUUAUAUGACUGUAUUCCGAGGUCCUUGUAGUGCAUUGCCACUUGCAGAGUGCCUGUUAUCAACUUUAUAAGGCUGAAAUAAAGAUAAAUUACUUUUAAGCGUU